AUGGCGAACGUAGAUGUUCCAAACACGCAAAAGGCAUUCGUGCCACUCGGUAGGGCUCCUCCUACAUCUAUAGAUCUCCAACUGACGGGGCCAGAAAACAACCCAGAGGUGAUGUCGCACCUGGUGCAUCAACUCGGUCUACCCCCCACCAUAGGCUUCACCGACGUGUUCUCAAUCGACGAACCAGAGCUCCUCGCCUUUGUACCACGGCCCUCCCACGCCCUCCUUCUCGUCUUCCCUGUCUCCAAAACAUACGAAGCGUCCCGGGAAACUGAGGAUGCCACCAAAGACCCAUACACCGGCUCCGGUCCCGAUGAACCUGUCAUGUGGUUUAAACAAACAAUCCGGAAUGCAUGUGGUCUGAUCGGAUUACUGCACGCCGUGUCCAACGGCGAGUCACGCCAACACGUCAUUCCAGGCUCAGAUCUGGAUACUUUACUCAAAGAAGCCGAAGGGCUGGAGCCAAUCAAGCGUGCCGAUCUGCUGUACGACAGUAAGGCGCUGGAAAGUGCGCAUGCGGACGCGGCGAAGUUGGGAGACACUGCUGCGCCGGAGGCAGAAGAUAGUGUGGAUUUGCACUUCGUCGCCUUUGUCCGCGGGGUGGAUGGUACGCUGUGGGAACUGGAUGGUCGCCGGAAGGGACCGCUGGCUAGAGGAAUCUUGAAUGAGGGAGAAGAUGCUCUGAGUGAGGCUGCGCUUGAUCUUGGCGUGCGGAGAUUCCUGAAGACUGAGGCGCAGGGUGGAAAUCCAGACCUGCGAUUCAGCUUGGUGAGCCUUGGUCCUCUAUUUGACUAA